GGAUGAAACUUUAGUCAUGUUUUAUAGAUGUCACUGUUGUAUACACUAUACAGUCGGCCAUUUUUAAGGAACAAAUUUCGUAAAAAAUUUGCAUGGAAGACAUUCAGAUGGAAGAAGGCUACAAUGAUGCCACUAACCAUCAGGCCACAAGAAACAGUUCAGAUAUUACACAAUCAAUUUACAACAAGGACUAUACACAGCUGAUGCAUAUUCUACAUGAUGAAUACCAAUCACCAACUGAGUUUAACCUAACUUUCCUUCACAGUCUAGCUAUAGAGGCAAUACAGUCGCAGGACUUAGAAACUUUAGAAUGCCUCGUUAUGAGCCAGCCAUCCCUAGUUAUGAGAGUCAGGAAGGAAGACCAGGAAAAGAGGCUGAUUCAUUAUGCUGCAGAGAUGGGGAAUGUUGAGCUUAUGAAAUGGGUUGUGAAUAAAGGAUCGCCAUUAAGUGUAACAGACAAAACUGGCUAUUCUGCUAUGCAUUAUGCUAUAGAGGGUCAUUUUCUAGAAGCAGUUGCAUUUCUACUGAAAGAAGGCAUUAGUGUUAACAGAGCCAGAUCUCGAGAUGGUUAUCUUGCAAUACACCUUGCUGUCAUGAAAGGUCACUUAGAGAUGGUGAAGCUUCUCAGAAACAGGGGUCAUGCGGACCUGAAUGCCUUGACAAAACCACCAUCUGGGAUCUCUCAAGAUAAUACAGAAAACAGACCCAUACACAUAGCAGCUCAACUUGAAGACUAUCUCAUGUUGGACUACCUGUGUGUAGCUGGGGCAGAUAUAAAUGGCCAGAACUCCAAGGGUGAUACAGCCCUAAAUAUAGUUGUAAGAAAGGAUAAUGAAGACCUUGUUAAUUAUCUAUUAAACCAUGGAGCGUCUACAGAAAUCUUCAACAAUACAGGUUUUACUGUACUACAUGAUGCAGCUCUAUCUAAUACUCCAAGGGUGAUGCAGAUUCUAUUGGAACAUGGCUGUAAUGUGGACACUUUAUCAUACAAAGAAUCUCCUCAAGAAAGUGACAAAGCAGCUCUUGGCUGUACAGCAUUACACUAUGCAGCUACACAUGGUCAUACUGUGAUAGCAAAGAUGCUUCUUGAUAAAGGUGCUAAAGUAGACAUUCGGGCAGUUAGUACUCUGAGAACUCCGUGUAUUAUGGCUACUGAUGGGGCACACUAUGACAUUCUACAUGCCCUACUCCAAGCAGGAGCUAAUGUCAAUAUUCCCGAUGUACAGAAUUCGACUGCUCUUCAUGUGGUGCAGAAUAUAUCAAGAAACAAGCAGGCACCCAGUGCAAUAGACAUUACACAGCUUCUUAUAGAAUAUGGUGCAGAUCUCAAUUACCCAGACUCCCAUGGGUUCACUCCACUGGAUAAGUGUGUUGGUCAGCUGAUGAGACAGAACUACAACAAACAUUUGCUCAGUCUACUAGUGACAUCUGGUGCCAGAUUGGAACAAUCCUCAAAGCGAAGUACCCAGCACAGAUCACCAAACUCUUCCCUUUGUUGGUUAGCUUGGAAGAAGCAGCUAAAAUCUGCCCAGUUCCUUAUAGAAGCUGGAUGGAGCCUAACCACAGAAUCUUGGAUCACAUUCACUGCCCCGAACAAACAAUUGACUGAAUUUCUCGAUUCUGUUCAGCGUAUGUUGAGACACCCACCAAUGUUGCAGCACUCAUGUAGGAUGGCAAUUCGCAAACAUUUAAUGGCAGAGAGUGACAAUCGAGAGAUAUUGACCAAAGUUAGUCGAUUGGAUUUACCAAAUCGUUUGAAAAGCUAUAUCAAUUUGGAGGUUGAAUCUGAAGUUAUGUUAAGUGAUUCUCAGUGGAGAAAUGAUGAGUUUAUAGCAAUUAUAGGGCCAGUGUAGUGUACUGAUUCUGAAAAGAAAAUACCAACCGACCAGUGCAAUGAAUCUUAAGGAUUAGACUAAAAGAACCAGUGCACUUAUUCUCGAAGAAUUAAAGCACUAGAUUAAAGGACAAGUGCAUUGAUUCCUGGAAAUCUUUAAUUACACUCAGAAUACAGCAAUUAUUUUGAGCUAGUCCAUAAUGUAGUCUAGGAUGUUGGGUAAUGUGUAUUGAGGAUCUUUGAGGUUCUCUAAGGUUAUGUGUUAGCAUACUCUGUUAAUUUUAAACAUAAAAAUCAAUCAGAAAAUUUUACAUAUGGUGACUCUAGUUUUUAC